AUGGCCCAUUCUAUGGUCACUGCUGACGUGUCGGUCCCGGCUAGCAGCAUAACCUGCCGUAAAGCACGUCACCUCCAAAACCACAGAUCUGAGCUCCACCCUCGCAAAUCCCCCGGACGAAGACGAGGCCCAGUUGUGGAGCUUCCGCAGAAGGAGCCGGACCUCGUCGUGCCGGAUGGAGUUGAACGUGUUGAGCCGCGCGCCGGAGAAGACCUCGAUGGUGGUGAGGCGGCGGAGGUUCCGCCAGUGGUCUCCGUAGGGGGAGCCGGCGAAGGAGACGACCACGGCAAGGCGGCGGCCGAGGCGGAGGGAGAAGAUGGGGCCCGCUUUCUGGGCGAGGCGGUGGUAAGUGCGGUGGAUGGGGGUCUUCAGGAGGUGGAGGUGGCCAAGGAUUGGGAGGGCCCGGGCCGGGCUUGGCGGGAGUUUGUGGAUUUGAGGGAGAUUAAGAGGAUGAGGAGGAGAGUGAGGGAAGGGUAG